GCUGCCGCCGUGCGGUCCCCGGAGCUCACCCGCCCUCCUGCCCCGUACCCUGUGCACAGCCACGGGCCUGGGCUCGGGCCCGGCGGAGGCUGCCCCCGCCAUGGUGCGGUGCGGCGCCGCGGUGCUGCGGAAGCAACUUCAUAGACGAUUUGCGGGUUUAUGUGAGAGGAGGAACCGGUGGAAUGGGUUAUCCUAACCUGGGAGGGGAAGGAGGAAGAGGUGGUGAUGUCUGGUUCGUCGCCCGAGAAAGGACUACCUUAAAGAGCAUUAGGGAGAAAUAUCCCCAGAAGCGAUUUGUAGCUGGAACGGGAGCCAACAGCAGUGUUAAAGCUCUAAAAGGUGAAAAAGGAAAAGAUUGUGAAGUUCAUGUGCCUUUGGGAAUUUCAGUUGUUGACGAUGAUGGCAAGCAGAUUGGAGAGCUUAAUGCAGCAGGAGAGAGAUUCUUAGCAGCUCGUGGAGGUCUUGGAGGCUCUUUGGCUACAAACUUUCUGCCUUGCAAAGGUCAGAGGAGAACUGUUCACCUUGAUUUGAAACUUAUAGCAGAUGUUGGCUUAGUUGGGUUUCCAAAUGCAGGAAAGUCGUCCUUGUUAAGCAAGAUUUCUCAUGCCAAACCUGAGAUUGCAAAUUAUGCAUUCACAACAAUACAGCCUGAACUAGGAAAGAUCAUGUAUGCAGACUAUAAGCAGAUUUCAGUAGCUGAUCUCCCAGGACUGAUUGAAGGUGCACAUGCAAACAAAGGAAUGGGCCAUAAAUUUCUCAAACAUGUAGAGAGAACCAAACAACUUCUCUUAGUUGUUGAUAUUUCUGGGUUUCAGCUGUCUAUGAAGACUCAGUUCAGAACAGCAUUUGAAACGAUAUUGCUUCUAACAAAGGAACUGGAGCUGUACAAAGAGGAAGUUGUAACAAAGCCUGCACUUCUUGCCAUCAAUAAAAUGGAUUUGCCUUGUGCAAAGGAUAACUUGGAUGAACUUAUGACACAACUAGAGAACCCUCAGGACUUCUUUCACUUACUAGAGGAAGAAAUGAUUCCAGAAAAUACUCUUGAAUUCAGAGAGGUGAUUCCUGUAUCUACAUAUACUGGAGAAGGAAUUGAGGAACUCAAAACAUGUCUAAGAAAAUCCAUAGAUGAGCAAGCAGAGCACGUGAAUGAAGAAUAUCGGAAAAAGAAACUCCUGCUUUUACAAACUUCCAAAGAAGAACAAAUGAAUAGAAGCUGACAUUCCUGAAUGGACCCAGCACAUUUAAUAUUUUAACUAUGCACAUGAAACCUUUGUGCAGACUUUCCAUUUAAUUGUUCCUUCUUCCCUCACUGCCUGCUUCCCUCCAUUUGUUGAGGCACGUGGGUAGGGCACAGUUGGGAAAGAGACAAGGGGUUUUUUAUUUAUGUUGGCUACAAAGCUCAACAAUGUAAAGACCAAAGCAUGUGUAACUCAAAGCACUGCUUGACAACUGAGGCUCCCUGGAAUAUUUCUGCCAAGUGAGAGAAAUGGAGGGAAUAUAACUUGCACAAAGGAGCAAGUUCAACAACUCUGCAUGUCCUGUGGGCAUCAGAAGAACCAAAGGAAGUUCCUGAUGGAGGAAUUUUCCAGGGUCUGGGCCUUCUAAGAUGAACAUAAGUUCUGCUAUUGUGACAGGCUUUGUUGGUUUUAAGAAUUUAAAGGAAAACAUAUAAAUGGCUACUAGGAAGUGACUUGUAGGAGCACAAAAAGCAAGACUGAUGUUGGAGGUUUUUUUGGCACCUGCUGGUGCCUACUGUAGUCAUCUUAGUUGUAUAAAUCCUGAUUUCAAA